GACAGCUCCCUGCCAGCGCCCCGGGCCCAGCCGCCGCAUGCCAGUGCAGAAAGGUGUAGUCCAGAACCAAAGGGCACCCUGGCUGUAUCCCACACGUUCCUCACUCACUACAGGCCUAAGCCAAGUGAGCAGUGGUGAGUACUCUCUGCCACUCAAUUUUGAGGCCAGUACUACUCUGAGAAGUGUUUCAGGUCAGCUUACUGAGAAAGCUGUUGUAUAUCUCUGUAUUUCAGCACCUGUAUUCUAAUUCUUUGAUUAUUAACCUCUAAACUGUUAUUUGCAAUGAGAAAAGGAAAAAGUUUUUUGCCCGUAUGGGCCUUAAAAACAAGGCAUCUGUGCUGGAGGUACUUCUAGUAGCAGUGAUUGUUUAAAGUGUCAUAAGUGAGUCAACAUCAAAUUGAUGUGUUAUAUUGCAUUUCUCUGGGUGAACAGAACUCUUCAGAUUUAUUCCGCUUUUUCCUACCAUAUUUAAGUGGAGAACACUAUGCUGUUUACCAGAAGUUCAUGAGCAUUACGUUUGAUUCAUACAACAGCAUUUACUGAAAUUUUUGGUACAAGUAUGUUGCCGUCAUAGCAAGACUUUUCUGGUUGACUACAACUGUAUGACUCUGUGAUUUCUGUGCGCUGCCACAAAGUAAGUGGAGAUUUCUGGUUACUGUCAGAAUUAAAUUCACACUUUCACAGUUUGGAAUUUUAUGUCUGAAAAUCCUUUCACCCUUUACACUUAUCUGACUUAAAAAGUGAAAUGUGAUAGCGUAUGCUGCUCGGACCUUGGCUAUCUGUAAGAGGAAGUGAUUUAUUAUUUAAAGAUCUUGUAUGCUUUAUAUAGCCAUUUAUUUAGUAAAAUAAAGAUCAAGCCAGUGAAAUGCCUCAGGUUCUGUUGCUUUGUGAAAGGUGCUUUCAAACAAUAGCGUGUAGACUAAUCCUUUAUGUAAGAUAUACUUAAAUAAUUUUAAGUGUGUGGGGUGAAGAAACUGGAGUUUCUUGAGUGGUAAGAAUCAUAGGUGAUUUUCAGAAGUGCAGACACCAAGUUAAUGAUAUUCUUUUACUCUAAGUUUACUUCAUAAUCGUAGUUCCAGUUUGGGGCCAUCUCCAGAAAAUGUAAAUAUUAAAAAGAGAGGUAUAUAUAAUUUUUGCCACCACCUAAUACUUUGAUAAUGCUGCUACAGUAUACUUUGGAUAUGUCUUUAUUAUUAUUAUUUAACACAACUGAAAAUUAUGCUGCAUCUGGGUGUCGAUCACUUUAAGUGUUACUUUUGUCACUGAAAUAUAAUUGAAUUUUGGUACAUUAAUUUUGGAAGAGAUAAUCUCUAACAGGCCUAUAGCAUCGGUGUUUGAAAUGACAAGAUUCUGUAAUUUCUUUGUUUAUCAAAUUAUCUUGCACAGUGAAUAUAAUGAAGAACAGUUAAUUACGUAUGGUUUUAUCUAACUUUUUAAAUUACUGAUUUAGUGAUAUGGUAUUCUCUCUGGCUUUUUUGCUCAAACUUAGAUGUAUUUUAGAGAAUCGUAUCAGCGUAUUCCAGGCUCACAGAAGUCUAGAUUUGGUUGAGCUUGGAGCUUGGUAAGUACCUGUAGAGAGAAAUGUCCCUUAGUGUGGCUGAGGGACAGCAGGUCGAGGGAGCAACUCUUCCUCUCUGUUUGGCACUUGUGAGACCAGCAAGGUGGUUAGGGGGAUAAACUGGGAGAAACUGGGUGGUGUGAGUUUGGUCAGCCUUAAUAAGAGAAGGUGGAGGAAGGGGAGAUCUUACUGCUGUGUAUGGGAAGGUGUUGAGUCAGACUCCUCUUGGAGGUGCACGGCAGUAAUAUGAGAGUCAAUGGACACAAGCUGGAUUAGACACAGGGAACGUUUUUUAGUUUUGUUGGUUUCUUUUUAACCCGAAGAAUGGUCAAACGCUGGAGCAGGGGCCUGGUAAGGGCAUGAGUGGCUAUCUAACUGGGCAAUGGCCUGUGCAACCAGAUCUAGCUUGUGCUAGGUGGCUUCUGAAAAUCCCUUCCAACCUAAGCUGUCCUGUUUUUCUAUGAUUACUCGAGAAACAGGUGUUAAAGCUUUGGAAAUUAAUUAUUAAAAUUAUCCUUAGGAAAACACAAACACAAUAAAGUAUGCAAGAAAGCUUAGAUUUCCUUGACAUUGCAUCUGGAACUGACAUACUGUUAUCACAGAACCAUCUAAAGAUAACUUUAUUUAGCAUAUUAUAUUAACUUCAAAAAAAAAUGGCAAAUCUUUCUUGCAUUUUUUCUUAUCGAUAAUUUGUAGCUUAGAGUUUUUAUUAUGAAAGCUGCUACGUUGUUUGAGGAAUCAUCAAACAGAAGACCUGAAGAGAAUGGUUUUUUACCUUGGUAAAGGUAUAUUGUGCAAAUAUUAGCUUGAAAGGGGCUUUUUAGGAUGUCUGAAGACGAUGAAAAAGUUAAGCUCCGUCGAAUUGAACCCGCCAUUCAGAAGUUCAUUAAAGUGGCAAUUCCGACAGAUUUGGAGAGAUUAAGGAAACACCAAAUAAAUAUUGAGAAGUAUCAAAGAUGCAGACUCUGGGAUAGAUUGCACGAUGAGCACAUUAACGCAGGACGAACAGUUCAGCAACUCCGAGCCAAUAUGAGAGAGAUGGAGAAACUUUGUUUGCGAGUCCGACAGGAAGACAUCCCUGUUCUGCAGAGAAUGAUAAAUCCAGUGAAAGAGGAAGCUUCAUCUGCCAUAAAAGACUUCUUACAGCUCCAUUCUGAAUCUGCAGAAGAACUUAAAAGGCAACUAGAAGGACAGGAGGAUGGCUCUUUAACCAGAUCCAUAACUGUAGGAGGAGAAACUUUAUAUAACACGGAAGUGAAGGAUGGGUCCCAAAGUUUAAUCCAGAUGUAUUCUCCCCUUCCUGAAAUACCUCAGAAUGAAAAUGCAGCUGAGUCCUGGGAAACUUUAGAAGAGGACUUGAUUCAGCUUAGCCAGUUGGUGACUGAAUUUUCUGUGUUAGUCAACUCUCAGCAGGAGAAGAUUGACAGGAUUGAAGACCAUGUCAACAGCGCUGCUGUGAAUACUGAAGAGGGAACCAAAAACUUGAGGAAGGCUGCGAAAUACAAGCUGGCAGCUCUGCCUGUGGCAGGUGCUGUCAUUGGGGGAGUGGUGGGGGGUCCUAUUGGGCUCCUUGCAGGCUUCAAAGUGGCAGGAAUUGCAGCUGCACUUGGUGGUGGGAUUUUGGGCUUCACAGGUGGAAAAUUGAUACAGAGAAGAAAACAAAAACUGAUUGAUCAGGUCUCUUCCAGCUGUCCGGAGCUUUCUUGCCAAAGAGCCAAAAAAUCCAGCUGAAGUAUAGGUUCAUCACGACUAGGAACAAAAGUAUAGUAGCCGUGCUAAUGACAGACUUGCAGCCUUACACUUUAAAUAUGAGGCUGGGUUGUGUGAACCUGUGUGAAAUUUUGCCAGCAAGUACUGUUAUUGUGGGUGGGGGGAAACGGUAACGUCAGAACUUCAGAGCUUCCUCUUUUCAGAUGCGAUAAGUUGCAUCAGUCUUUUAAGAGUUACCUGGGUAACUUCUUCUAAUUACAGAAUUCUUAGGUGAGAUACAUGCACAGCCGUAAUGAUGGAUGACAGGUGUUUCGUGCUGAUUUGCACAAAAUGUCUUUCAAACGGUACCGAGGGAGAGACUUGGAAAACCCUAGUGCUUUCUCAUGAACACCACCCAGAAGCUGGAACUUAUAUUGUAAUUAAUUAUAUUUUAAUCUAAUGCCUGUCCUCCAGAGACAGGGAAAUAAGCUCCCAUCCAUCUUUCAUGUUCAGAGUACUUCAAAAUUUACUUCCCUUUAUCAGAAUUCCCAAACGCCUCCUGUGUGUGCCUGUUCAAAACUUGCACAGGGAAGCAUUAGGUGCUAUCGAGUAAGGUUAAAAUGGCGGGUGAGCAAUGUGGAGAAAAAAUGUGUGUAUAGCCAGCAUCUGUCUGAAUCAGCCAACUCAGAUCAGCAUCAUCAUUAGUUUUUUCCCAUUUUCAUUUAGUUUUUUUUAAUUUGUAAACUCCCCAUUUGUUCAAAGCAUAGUUCAAUCUUAGCCUCAGAAGCAACCCUUGAGGACUGCCAUCAGAGAAUACUCAUUUCCCAUGGCUCUUCAGCUCCUUGGCACAUCUCAAGAGCACUGCAGACGGAACGAAGUGCCAAACCCUAACCAUUCUGAGCCAGAAGCCUCGGCUUGCUGCAGGAGUGCUCCUGAGUAGAUGCUGCUCUCGAUUCUCAUAGCCGGGCACCGGCAGCACUCCAGUGGGAGAGCUAAGUAGCUUCACUGGAAGGCGGUGCUGCAGCAGGGCCCGCUCCCUCAAUCAUAUUUUAUCCCUCAAAGGUACCAUUAGGUGCCAGGGGAGAGGGUGGUGAAGCAGCGAGGCCCCGCGAGUUACCUGUUAAAUGGUGCCCCUGGCAGCUGACCAGAUCCUGGGACUAGUUUGAAAAUGGCAACCUGAUACUGUUUGCUUCACGAUAAGUAAUCCGUGCUUGUUCACGUCAGCGGCGCACCUCCUGCAGACUGCUUACUGCUGAGGCUUCUGCUCCCUCCUGCACUGCACGGCAGCCUCUCAGCCUUUUCAGUUGAGAGUUUGGGACAUGCUGUACUGUGAAGCCUGCAUAGGGCUAGGUACUGUUUAUAGUAAAUGCCCGUUAUCCUUACCUUCCUUAUUUUGCUGCUUAAGAAGCCCUUUGCUUCUGUAACUUCUGCUGUUAAGUACAGGAGUGCUACCGUUUUUAUUUUCACCUAAGCUUCCUGUUCAGCACGUGGUCCUACCUCCAUCCUUCCGGGACGGUUCCCACACUAUUGCUGCUGCUGUCAGGAGGAACAGAAAGUUGAGCUGGGAAGCUGCUGCUUUACGUUUUUAAAUUGUUCAGUUCAUCCUGAGUGCGGCAAGCUUGCUCGAGUCCUGUUUUAUUAGGUGAACACUGAAGUCAGUGUUCAGCGCUGAGGUUCCCGAGCAGGGAACAUGGUACAAGGAAGCAUACCUUUUAGAAAAAGCUCCCUUUUUUAACCACUGCUUUGAUAGCAUCAUUGGAAAGAACCGUCUGCUAAUGACAGAUGAUAGGUUUUUAUGUCUAGGGACACGGUAAGCAACUGUUAGUUACAGCACAAGUACCUUUUUCUGAACAGUUCUGUAUUACUUUUAAAAUAUGAUUGAAAUUGUUAUCAGUCAGAGCAUGGUGUCUAUUUUAAGUAGGAGCGAGGCUCAGGGAAGCAAUGUAACAAAAAUAGUUUUCACAAGUAAUCACGAACAUUGUCAAAACUGCACGUGUUAAAGCUGCAGUGCCUACAUCUGUAAAAUCAGCUGGAGUGGAAAACAUGACCCAAGUAAUUCAGCUCAUUUGCGCCUGUCAUGCAGAAACCCUCUUCUUUAAACGCGUCUUCUUCGGAUGUAAAUACAUUUAACGAGUCUGUAACAACUUCACCCUAUGGCUGCUCAUUCCUGUGAUUGGUAGUUUCUACAGUUAAAGGAAGAAACUAAGGAAGAAGUUCUUAAAUAGAAACUAUGUUUGAUUCUUUGUAUGAUUUAAAAAAACCAGGUCUGCUUUCCUACAGUACAUUGCUAAACCACGUGCAUUUAUGUGCCAGCAGCCACAUCAGAGAUGUUGCAGGCUCUACUCUCUCCUCCUGAACUGGACUUAAUGCCAGGACAAUCUAAAGUCAGAGCCGAGCUACUGCUACAGCUUAUACAGUCAGCUUAGUAUGGGCUCAUCUCAUAAAAGAUCUAGCACAAAAACUAUUCUUCCUCCUUGCGUCUUUAAGGAAGCAAUUUAAAAACAUUGUGUACACACUAAACUGGGGAGGCUGUUAUUUAAGCCAUGAUUUUUAAAAUAGGUGGGUUAUUUACAUAUGUGAAAAAAUCUGGGCAUCUGAGUAACAGAACUAGCAUCUAAAUUGCUAGGGAUGUUAGUCAGAAGAUAUGCAAAAUAUACAUAAUUCUUUCAGACCAAAUAAAAGUUUUUGCCUAUCA